GUUUCGAGAGUAUUAAAAUUAAAAUAUGAAAGUUGUCCUCCGACGCUGACACCAUCUCCGGACAUAACAUUAUCAUUUGUGAAGUUGUCAGGAGAAUAAAGUGAAGUUUCUGUUUAAAGUUGGUUUAUAGUUGGUUAAUUCAAUUGUCACAAUAAUUAUAAUUAUUUCUAAUAUAAAAAUUAAAACAUGAUUGAAAUAUAAUAGAAAAAUGGACAUAAUGUAGGAUCACGUAGUUCGUAAGUCGGGGGAUUUAUAAUUCAUGAAAAUGACGACAAAUAUCAAUUUCAUGCAACCUAGGUAGCGCGCGCGAAGCGCGCGAUCUGCCUAGUUUAAAGAAAAAGGGCAAGAGUUAUGUGGCAACAGAACUUAGCGAGAACGUGAAAACAGGAAGUGGCAUCCAAAAUUUUAAAUCCGACCCGCUCAUGCAGGAAAUAUUAAAGGCGUUUGGGCGUCAGAUAGAGCCCCUCAAAAAUCCCUAUGAUUCAGAUGCUCUAUUCAUUGUGGGUGACGAUGAUGAUGAACUGGAGGAUCCAAUUGAAGGGAAUAAGGACAUUCAUAGAUAUCUUCGAGACUCCGGGCAACUUCCAGACUGGUCAAAAAUGUCUGUGAAGAACCUGAAAAAACCUGUGAGUUUACCUCUAGCUGAGCAAAUGAUGAAAAUACUGAAGCCUGAUGAUACAACUGGACUGACGCAAGAAAUUAAGAAAGUGGAUUUUGUUGAUGAUAAAAAAGGUAUUGAGGAUAUUAAUGAGGAUACAGACUUUGUGCAGCCACAUGAAUUUGUCGACCUAAAGAAGGUGGAGGAAAACUCUGUAGCCUGGAAGGAUGAAUCGGAACUCCAGUCAGAGCAGGAAAAAAGGAUCGACAUGCAAAAUCAGUUUCGUUCUUCUCCAAACAUUCUUGAUGCACCUCAUGAUGGGAUCAACUUCCAACAGGAAACCGAGAGCUGUUCUGAAGAGAACAAAAUCAACAUUGAAAUCAACAGAACUAAACUCCAUAAAGAACGCCUAAAAGUCAAGAGAUUGGAUCUCAAAAAUGAUUUGCUACAGCUGCAGUUGGAGAAGAAAAGAUUGAUAUUGGAGGACCUGAAGAAUAAAUUGGAAAGAACAACAGAGGGGGAAUGAACAAAUGAAUGAGUAAAACCAAAGAAGAGUUGCCAAACGUUAGAUUUUCGUAUUAAGUAUUGAAGAAAAGUUCUGGUUUUUCUUGUUAUAGAAAAAUAGAUUUAUCGAGAUGUUAGCCUCUGCACGGGGAAGUUACUAUGAAGAUUAUUAAAAUGGAAAUAUUAACAAUCGAAAUUUCUUUGGAAUGAAAAAUUACACGGAUUGAAAGAUGUCAAGUACAAAAUAUUUUUGAGCUGUGAUUUAUAUGAUUAUUACUUGCGAUGAGAGUUGUCUGACAUGUCAAUAAAUAACUGCAGAGUAAUGAGUCAUAAAGAUAUGGAGAAGUGAUUAUUAUUAUUUGAUGUUCACGUAGUUUUUAUGGACGAGUAACAAUGUGCAAUCCAUGCAUUACUAUUUAUUUUUAUUUAUAUACAAAGAGCACGUUGAAAACCCACUGAACCCAUUCCUAAACGUCUUUUCGAAGAAAGUUCUUAUUCUUUUUUCUAGGAAGUUCAAUACAUUUAAUAUAACUAUUUUGUAGUCAAGGCAUUACUGAUGUUGAACAUUAGUAAUAUAAAAAUUCAAUUGUUUGAUUCUAGUUAUAAGGGGAUCGUUAGUCAUUCGCAAUUCUGUACGGAAGAGAUCUCAUAUGUUAUCGUAGACAUUACAAUAUCAAUGUAAAGAGUAAGAUAGUGAUAAAAUCUCAUUCCUGACAAAAAUGCAGAUGUUAAUGUAUGUUGCGAGGAAUAAUUUUUCAUGAGCUGUGGCCAAAAAUAAGGGAAGAAAAGAUUUUGUCUUCUCCCUCAGUAGUACGUUAUGGACUGCCAAAUACUUACUAUUUAAUUACAGUUAAGAGAUAAAAGUACCUUCAUUCCACGACGUGUGAUAAUAUAAUGUUAAUUGAAAUGUUAAGCUGUUCAUGAAGUGUUCAAUAUAAUAUUUAAAUACAUCCAGUUAAUACAAAAUGAAGGAUGGUGUUCUGCAUCUAACAUUAUGAAGACUGUUUACCUUCGCAUUUUGUAUCUUGUUUCUUUUUUCGAACUCCUGCUAUUGAAAGGAGUCCGUUGGAAUUCGUGGUUGAUGAGCAGACGUUUCCAAUAAAUAAAUAACAAUUGAAAUACAUA